UGGGACUUGUUACAGCCAUAAAUAGAACUCCUAUAUGUUCCCCAGCACUACUAAACGAUCGAGCAAAACCCUGAUGGCCCCAAGAGUUGGAACCCACGUAAAACGAUGCCUGAGCCGCCAAGACUGGACGGAACUUCCGGGCGUCGUUACGGCAUCGAUACUGUCACAUCUCGGAGACAUCGAGUCCCUGACGGUGGCUGAGAUGGUGUGCAAGACGUGGCGUGAAAUCUGCAAAGACCCUAUGCUGUGGCGCACCAUCGACUUCAUGAGCAACCAUACAAAGUUCAUGUUCGGGCCGCCGUUGCGUUACGAUAUAGUGAAGAUGUGCCGCCGCGCCAUACACCGUAGCUCCGGUAGUUUUGUCUAUGUCAACGUCGACUACUUUUGCAACAACGAACUGUUAAAGUAUAUCACCAACAGUUCAGCUGGAUUUAUUAGACACCUCAGUUUGUUCAAUUGUGGCAUUAUAACUGAUGAGGUGUUGUGUGAAGCAGCUGUGAGACUUCCAGUUUUGGAGGAACUUGACAUUUCGAUGUGCAAAUUCUCCAGUAAAGCUCUACAAGUAGUUGGGCGCUGCUGCCCUCUUUUGAAAUCAUUCAAAUUUAACACCCCGAAUGGAAGAAAGUCUUCCAGGCAGUAUUAUAGCGACGAGGAUGCAGUUGCUAUAUCAGGAACCAUGCAUGGUUUAGUCCUCCUUGAGAUCCGUAGGAAUGAGCUGACUUGCAAUGGCUUGGAGACAAUUCUUGAUUGUUGUCCUCAACUCGAGAUCCUUGAUUUGCGCAAGUGUAAAAACCUGAGAUAUAUGAGCACAGAUUUAGAAAUAAGAUGUGUUGAAAGAAUUAAGAAGUUGUGGCUCCGCGGCCCGAUCGAUCCCUCUAGUAUAUCGGACUUGAAUUUGGUAGGCAAACCAUGUUAUUAA